UGAGAGAGACAGUUUGAUCACAGUGUCUGCUGCUGUUUCCAUGGUGACGCAGAGACUUUUAUUGUUGCUGAUGCCCUGAGGCUGGGGUUUGCUGAAUGCUAAUGCAAUUGGGGGAAGGGAAGUGGAUGGUCAGAGAGUGUGCGUGUGCGUACGAGUGCGAGUGUGAGAGUGAGUACAGGAAGCUUGGCGACAGAUGUGAGUGGGUUACACACCACCUCCAUCGGGAUGUGAGCAGCCCAGCAGUGAAGCCACGGCAGCACAAAGCUUCAAGAACCGGUGACGCCAAUCGCAGAAUCAGGCCAUGGCUCUGGGCCUCGCUGUGCUCAGCUUCCUGCCUGUGUUGCUCCAGCCCAGCCAUUGCCUCAGUCUACAUGGAUUUGCGAAGAAACACGCGGAGCCAGUUCCCAACGACAGCAAAGACAACAUUACCAUCUACACCCGCAUCUUGGACCGGCUGCUGGAUGGGUACGACAACCGACUCCGGCCCGGCCUGGGAGAAAGUGUCACUGAGGUGAAGACGGACAUUUAUGUGACGAGUUUUGGGCCAGUGUCAGACACAGACAUGGAGUACACAGUGGACGUGUUUUUUCGGCAGAGCUGGAAGGAUGAGCGACUGCGAUUUAAGGGGCCGAUGAGGAUUUUACCGUUGAAUAACCUGCUGGCCAGUAAGAUCUGGACCCCAGACACAUUUUUUCACAACGGCAAAAAAUCAGUGGCUCAUAACAUGACCACUCCCAACAAACUACUGCGCCUGGUGGACAACGGGACGUUACUGUAUACCAUGAGACUCACCAUCAACGCGGAGUGUCCGAUGCACCUCGAGGACUUCCCGAUGGACGCACACGCCUGUCCACUUAAGUUCGGCAGCUACGCCUACACCAACACUGAAGUGAUGUACAUCUGGACUCACGGACAGAGCAAUUCCGUGGUGGUGGCGGAGGAUGGCUCUCGCCUGAACCAGUACGAUUUACUGGGACAGACGGUCGGCACCGAGAUCAUCCGAUCGAGUACAGGUGAAUACAUCGUCAUGACGACACACUUCCACCUGAAGAGGAAGAUCGGUUACUUUGUGAUCCAGACCUACCUGCCGUGUAUCAUGACCGUCAUCCUGUCCCAGGUCUCCUUCUGGCUCAACCGCGAGUCCGUCCCGGCUCGCACCGUCUUUGGGGUCACCACGGUGCUCACCAUGACGACGCUGAGCAUCAGUGCCAGGAACUCGCUUCCCAAGGUUGCUUACGCCACCGCCAUGGACUGGUUCAUCGCGGUCUGCUACGCCUUUGUCUUUUCAGCUCUCAUCGAGUUUGCGACAGUGAAUUACUUCACCAAGAGGAGCUGGGCUUGGGAUGGCAAAAAGGCCAUGGAGGCUCAGGACAAGAAGAAAAGAGAGCCGGUGAUUCUCACCAAGAAGACAAACAACACGUAUAACAUUGUGGGAACCACCUACACCCUGAAUAUCAGCAAGCCCCCGGCAUUGGCCACCAUCGCUAACAGUGCCACCAGCCAGCCCUUCCCCCGCCUGGAUGACAGGUUGCUGGACUGCAAGAAAACCUACAACAGCGUCAGUAAAGUGGAUAAAAUGUCCCGAGUCCUAUUCCCUGUCCUUUUUGCCAUUUUCAAUUUGGUUUAUUGGGCAACAUAUGUGAAUAGGGAACCGAUUAUAAAAGGCAUGAUCCCACAAAAAUAG